UCACCACGUGACGUGCUGUGUUUACAUCCUCUGCGCUCAGCUGUUCUUUCUACCAACACGACAAAACCCCUCGCUCAUUUGCACUUACUCCGCCGGAGCCUGCUUUCAUCACACACAAAAUAACAACUCUUAAGCCGAGCUGUAAAUAUUUCCUGUUGCCUCCAUGAACCGCCGCAUUGCACCCGGAGACGAGCAGUGACUAAAUGCGACACGGCAUUGUUGUCACUCGCUGCCCGGAGAUGACUUUAGCGUGAGGAGACAAAUCAGCUGGAUCAUUUUCGGGGCCCAAAGCAGUUUUUGUCGGCAUGGGUGGAGCGGUGAGCGCCGGGGAGGACAAUGAUGACCUCAUCGACAACCUGAAGGAGGCGCAGUACAUUCGCACGGAGAGAGUGGAGCAGGCUUUUCGCGCCAUCGACCGCGGCGACUACUACCUGGACGGCUAUCGGGACAGCGCCUACAAAGAUUUGGCAUGGAAACACGGCAACAUCCACCUGUCGGCACCAUGCAUUUACUCCGAGGUGAUGGAGGCGCUCAAGCUGCAGCCAGGACUUUCCUUCCUUAACCUGGGCAGCGGGACAGGCUACCUGAGCACCAUGGUGGGCCUCAUCAUCGGUCCAUUUGGUGUGAACCACGGUGUGGAGCUCCACAAGGAUGUGGUGGAAUACGCCAGGGACAAACUGGACAGUUUCAUCAAGACCAGCGACAGCUUCGAUAAGUUUGAAUUCUGCGAGCCUGUCUUUGUUGUGGGAGAUUGCCUGGAAAUCUCUACAGACAGCCACCAGUAUGAUCGCAUUUACUGCGGGGCCGGGGUGCAGAAAGUUCAUGAAUAUUACAUGAAAGUCCUGCUCAAAGUCGGGGGCAUCCUGGUGCUGCCUAUCGAGGAUCAGCUGACCCAAAUCACCAGGACGGGCCAGUGCACGUGGGACAGCAAAAACAUCUUGGCUGUGUCCUUUGCGCCGCUGGUCCAGCAGAGCAGAGCUGACGGUGACAAGUCGGACAGUGUCCAGUUGCCCCCCGUGACCGUGCGCACCCUCCAGGACCUGUGCCGCAUCUACAUCCGCCGCACCCUCCGCGAGUUGGCGGGCGACGGCGAGGACGACGGCCAGGCCAGGCGCGCAGGGGCGCAACGGGUGCCACAGAAACGCAAGCGGCGGCACUGCCGGCGGCGCCGUAUCAACACGUACGUCUUCGUGGGCAACCAGCUCAUCCCGCAGAUGGUGGAAAGCGAGGAGGAGCACGGCGACGAGGAGCACAAAGACGGCGAGGCCAACGCCGAGGAGGAAGAGGAGGAGGACAAGGAGGAGAGGGACCUUGGCGACGUGGAGAUCCUCAAGCAGGCCAACAUCUUUAGAGACCAGAUCAUGGCUCUCCCCCUGCCCGAGUCCCUCAAGGAAUAUUUACUGUACUACAGGAAGAAGUGACUGAGGUGCACACGUAGCAUUAUUUCCACACUAUCUUGAUGGCAGAACUCAACAUCACAGAUCACACUGGUUAAUAAUGUUGACAUUGUUAUUUGUAUAUGUUACUUUCCUUUUGAUUAGAUUUUUUUCUUUUUUUUCUUCUUUUUAACGUAAACACCAUGAAAGUGAGAAUUUCAAAUGAGCGAAAUUCAGUGUACACCGGAACCUCCAAAUUGGAACACGAUCCCCUUUGAGAGUCGUUUUCUACAAAACUAUUCUUCCCAUUAUUGUUUAUUAAUCCGUCACCAUUGUAAUAGACUGUAACUGGACGCGCAAUGUCGCAUUAACGUUGUUGAAAAAUGUAAGCGUAAACUCUGUUAUUAAACGCAUGUAUUUAACACACCUCUAUUAGUUACAUUAAUCUCAAGAUGCUUUGUGUAUUUCGGUCAGCUUAUCUGCCUCAAAGGAUGUAGAGCAGGGGUGGCCAACCAGUCAGAGCCUAAGAGCCAAAUUUUUUACUGUGUUACUGCAAAGAGACGCAUGCACGCACACACACUUUUUGCCCAAAGAUCGACUUCUGGAGUGUCCAACCCCCCACCCGAUCGACCCGAUCGCGCACGUGCUAGCAUAUGAUGAUAUGCACACACAUGACCAUGACCCAUGACCAAGCACACAUCUUUUCUUUCCCCCAUUUCCUCCUCCUACUUGGACCAGUCCGCUGGCUCUUGGUCGAUUGCGAUCGACAUAUUGGGCACCUCUGCCUUAAAAACAGAGGUCAUUCGCUGACUAGCUUAGCACUUAGCACUGUCUGCGCAUGAGCGCUGAUUCAGUCAUCUGAUUGGUUGCCGUCUGUGUCAAUCAAGUAACGGGAUUGCUGAUGGGCUGACGUUCUGUGUUUUAAGUGCCGUUGUUUGAAUGGCAGCGCUCUUGCCGAGACACUUGUCGUGUGAAAGCCCGGGAGCCGCAUUGAACCAGCCAAAGAGCCACGAGUCGUGGGUUGGCCACCCCUAAUGUAGAGUUUGCAUGUUCUCCGUUUGUGGGUACUCUGACUUCCUCCCGCGUUCUAAUAACAUGAAUUUUAGGUUGAUCCAUGCUAGAUAAGCUGAUGCCGAAGGAAGGACUUGAGUUUUUUUUAUAGAAACUGAUGAAAAAGUUACAAACUAUUUUUUUUUUAAGUGGGAUUGUCGUUUGGAAAUUGUAGGUCAGUUUACUUUCUGACAUCAUACAUAGUCACCUUUUUGUUUUUGUCUUGCACGUAACAAAUAUCUAAAACGCAUCCUACAAACUCAUAAAACCUAAAGUCAAGCAAAGCAUAAAUUAAAAUGAUUAAAAACCAUCAAGCUCUGAAAACUAAUUAGAAUGAACUGAAUUUAAUAAACUAAACUAACCAUCAUGAAAAAUCCAAAACAAUUGCGGUGCCCUUGAGCAAGACGCCAAUCAAACACCCCAUCUCGAAAGUUGCAGCAAUGUUAUUAGCGUGUUUAAAAUUGGCAAAAAUCCCCAAUUUAUUUAUUUUACCCCGCAUGAAUUAUUACAACAACAAAUUUAAACACAUUCAAACAAAGCUACAGAUAUAAAACAGUCAAAUGUUCUGCCAGUAAUUCAUAUCUUUAUUGUCAAAAACGUUAAGGGAACAAGAAUGAAAUUAUUUUACUCAUACAUAGUUUUUGACGAAUUCAUUGUCAGACUUUUUGUCUGCCAGUUAUCAGAAUAUCCAAAAAUUCAGAUUGGAAAUAAAGGUGUAUGAAAAGUCCCUGUCAUAAAACCAUCCUUUACCGUGCGCGCAAUGGUUCAGCGGUUAAUGUUUUGUUUUGUUUUUUUUUUAAUCAUUUAAAUACCAUUUCCUGUUGAUCAGUGUUACAUCACAACACCAAAAAGCCAAAGAAAAAGCAUCCUUUUAAUGCUCACUAAUAUAAAUCUUCGUGAACUUCAAAUUGUCCCACUCUAGUGACGUUCUACUUUGGAGGUUCUCCUUUAUCGGAAUGAGUAUUUAUGCGUAAAGGAUUGUUUCAUAAUCAUUCAUGAGAUGAGACCUGAUGGGUUUUUCUACCUAGGAGGUCUCAUAACCUUUUUUACUUCGGGGAAACCUUUUAGCACAACCUUUUCUAAUAGGAACGCUGACUUGGCGUGAUGUUGUAUUUGUUGGAGCCGGAGGAGCCGAGGCCCUUCCGUGAAGUGUUACCGAUGCAUGAUCACACUCUUACAUUGAGUCAUUCAUGCCAAUCAAUCGAGACGAAUCUGGAGUGAUGAAUUUUUUUCUUUUGUAUGAAAAGAAAUGCAAAUUUCAAAGCCUUUUUGUAUAACAAAGCACCUUAAUGUGGUUUGAGGUGAGGGGUGUUUGGAUGUGUGGGGGUGGGUAGGUGGGGUUGAUUUUUACUGCAGACUUAUAAAUUCUGAAAUGUUCUGAUCAAAGUAUGAUUGGUCUGCACCACUUGUAUAGUGAUGGUGUUUUUUUUAAGUGCCAACGUCACAUGGAGGAGAUGACAUUCCACUUUUUUUUUUGGUCACGUGUUCUCUGGACUUUACCUUUGUCUUACCUUGAAUGCAUCAUUUAGUGUUUAUAAAAAAAUCUGAAAUGAAAAAGAUACAUAAGGACACAUAUAUGGAUAUAGUCUAUACAGUUUAGUUUGGGGUUUGUCGUAGCACCUUCUUGCUGUACUGUAACUUGACACUGGCAACUCUGUUCACCAAAAUUCCACUGCUGUCUGUUCAAUAGAUUAAUAUAUACAAUAGUCUUCAUUGAUGGCAAAAUGUGAAAACAAAUCGCUGAUUAUUGUUAGUUAUUUGUGCGGGUGUGUGUGCGGUUGAGCUGACUUUUUCCCCUGCCUGUGUUUUACUUUACAUUAAUCGGAAAACUUUUCAAGUGAGCAAUAAUUUCUCAUUACCCAUAUUUGAUUGGCAUUGUGGCAUUAAAACUCUCAUGCCCCAUCAUUUAAGACAAAACCAGAACCUCCAAAGCCCAACACAAUCCAAACUGCAACGCUGGUUGACUUAACCGCUGUAUGAUCAAACCAAUAUCAAGUACAACCACCCACAUAAGUCGGAGGGAACGGGAAAGUGCGAUCCUGUCACCUAGUGUUGCUGGAAUAAAUAAUGUUGAACAGGGAAACCUUACAAUAUUUGCGGCUGGGCAUUUGCAAAUUCAUAAUCACUUAUUUUCUUUUUUGGGAGCCUCUGCUCUGUUGCCUGUUGAAAAAUUCACCAAUUUUACAUUUUUGUUCAUGGCAAAAGCAAUACAAGUGUUGCUUUACCGCCAUCUUGUGAUAUCCCUGUGACAAGAAACUGGGUUAAACCGAGUCGAGGAGCUUUAUUUGGAUAAAAGUAGUGCUUUUCUGAUAUCUUGUGGCAUCCCGGGGCCCUGGACAAGGUAGAAGUGAGUUGAGGAGCUUCAUUUAGAUGGAAAAAGUGGGAGUUGCCGCCAUCUUGUGGCCUCCUGGUGUUGGGGUACUAUGUUCAAGUGAGUUGAGGCGCUUCAGUUACACAAAAAAGCAGUGCUUUGUGGCCCUUUUAUGUCAUCUAUAACCAAUUGAACAAUAUUUUAUCUUUUUAAAUAUUCACUCGAGAUAUCUAAAGUAAAACAAAAAUGCAGUGAUAUUAUUCUCACUUUGAAAAUAACUGACAUUGUAGAGUGAUGCUGUCUCCUAGUGUUGUUUUGUUGAUAUUGCUGGUAUGAAAGCAUAUGUUGAAAAUUUCAAUAAAUUGGAGUCAACCACGACCAUUUUAUUGGCAUUGCAAGUGUUAUAAUGGUGUUUUAUGGCGAUUACUACAAAUAAUAACACUGUAUAAUGAUACUUGAACUACUCACACUGAGAAGAUGCCUUUGAUACUCAACAUGGUCACUGCUUGGCGUCAUCUCAAAAUCGGGCCCAAGCCCUACCGCGAAUAGUGAAAAACGGUGAGUAAUUUGACAUUGUUUUUCCUUGUCUUUAUUAAUAGUUUAAAUCAAAAAUAUGCCCCGAUACAAGAUCCCGAAGCACUUUUAAUAUCCUCUUCAACUCAUAUGACUUGAGAAUGAAUCGUGUCCCGACGAUUUUUUGCUUUGUAAGUGCGUGAAAAUGCAGUGUAGACUCUCCAACCCUUCCACUGACAACUCAGGCUAAAUAAGGAACUCAGGCUAAAUAAGAAAUUUAGAAAUACACAAACUUGUUUCUCGUUCAAGAUGUGUCACUUAAAUAUAGAUUUUUGACACCACUCGCACUCCUUUCCUAUUCAUCUUGCGGAAUUUCAGAGCCUUUCAGAAUGAACUCUAUUCCCCAGCUCCUCAAAAAAAUAAAAAAUAAAACGCAAAAUGGUCAGGAACGUGAUUUUGUGAAUAGUGAACUGUGAAUAAAUGGGGGAUUAUUGCACAUGUAAUUGAUAGGGAAUUAAUUCUCAUCCCAUAUUCCGCUGAGCAACCUUAGGUGUUAUUUCCAUCAUGUUAACUCUUUGGGUAAUUUUUACCCUUAAACAAAAGAAAAGCAAAAAAGACUUGUGGACUCAAUGUGAUGUCUUGCAUGAUGAUGCUUUGAUGUUCUGAGGCCAAUUUUUCAAUACGUUCAACUUUGGAGGUUCUGCAGAGGCAAAAAUUGAGGUUUGGAUGCAGAGUCAAAAUGCAUCCAUUUCUGGAGUGUGAUUGCGCGCUGUUCUUUUUUAAAACGUGUUGUUUCUCUGUGGAAGUUUGGCAUCAGAAUAAAGGUCACAAUCACAA